UCCUCCUUCUGCUAUUCCCCACUUCCGCCUGCUUCUCCUCGUCAGACGAACCGUGACGGGGGGUGGCAGCUUUCAGGCGGCGAGCCGAAUCGCUCCAGCGGCCCUGAAGCGCCCCAACAAUGCUGCUAAAUCGCCGCUCCGCGGCUCCGCGUAGAACUGGUGCACUGAAACCUGCAUGCUCGUUCCCCGUCAACUUACCCGUCAAGUUGCCGGCAGCCUCAGGGUCGGGCCCGAAGCUGUAGCCGGAGCGAUCAUCAGCAAUCGAGUCCCUGCUGCUGAAUCCUCCGCCUCUUAAGCCCCAUGGGAAGACUCCGAUGGCAACGAGUUCCGCAAGACCAAAUCGGAGUCCCGCCGGAGGUAGGGGCGAAGCACAGGGUAAGCCGAGGAGACAGUCGCACCGUCCUGGAACCUUCGGCGAGCCACAGCCGAUGGACGCAGUCUCGGCGCCCUCCGGAGCCAUCCUCGAGAGUGAGGCGCCUCAGCAGGAGAGGGGAGCGAGGGAGUGAGGAAGGGUGGGAGGGGAGGGCGGGGACAGGGGAGGGGGAGAAAGAGGAGCUCCUCGGCGCACCUCACACCUACACGGCAUCUGCUGCAGCCUCUGACGAUAUGCACAGACGCAGACACUGCUGCAGAAAAUUGACACAAGACGAUGCCCAACGAAACUCGUGGGCUGCAAAUUGCUAGGCAAUGCGCUGCGCGGCACCGCGCUCUGGCUGCUCAUGUCGCGCGGUUCCCGCGCUGCCAUAUCCGAUUGCGGUUAAGGAGGUCCCGCCGGCAUUGCGAGUACCCCUUUCGGAGCCAGAGGCACUCAGGUGUGACGUACUCCUCGUCAUUCGAGUUCAAGCACUCCUCGAAGGGAGCCCCGGACUUGUAACAAGGGGAGCCCUCGUAGCACUGCAACAUGUCCGUCUUGAUCCUCAAGCACGAGUUGGAGGCCUUCCGGUGCGGCUUCGAGGCAUCCAAGGCGAAGGACCCUGGCGGAAGCCACGGGCUCCGGCUCGCCCCCGCUGCAGCGCACGGCCGCGCCCGCCGCGGCCUGCGGGCGUGGCCCUGCCGCGGCCCGGGCAGCCGCCGAGCUCGAGGCCUCGCCCGCGGCGCCCGGCGGGCCCUCGCCCGCCAGCAUGGCGGCGGCGGCGGCGGCGGCCCCCCGAGAGGCGGCCGCACGGCUCGGCGGUGGCCGUGCGACGCGGCCUCCCGAGCCAGAGGGGGGCACCGGGCGGAGGGAGGAGGAAGGAGGGAGGGCGGGAGGAGGGAGGAGGGAAGGCCUACUGGGCGGGCCCGCAGGUAGGCCUCCUGGGGCCCAGGGGAGGCCUGGAAAGGACCGGGGAAGGCCUCGGACCGCGGCCUCCCGAGCCACAGCGUCU